AUGGCGACGAGAGGGAGCAGAUCAGAGAAGGUGAAGCGGAUUUUCUACCAAUUCGACGUCAACCACGACGGCGGUCUCAACCGUGAGGAAAUGGCCGCCCUCGUCGUCGCCGUAAACCCUAGGGUCAAGUUCAGCGACGAGCAGAUCAAUGCCAUUUUGGACGAGGUCUUCCGCACCUACGGCGACUUCAUCGACGGCGAGAAGGGACUCACCUACGAGGGGCUGUUGCGGACCUACGACGACGGCGCCGGCGACGUCGACCGCGACUUCGACGCGCUUGGCCUGGAGCUAAGUCUGGAUGAGGUUAAAGGAGCCUCCAUGGCCUCCGAGGCGUCGUCGUCGUCGAUAGUGGACGAGCGAGUCGGCGAGUCGCAGAAGAAGCAGCGGACGGCGGCGUGGGCGGUGUCGCCGAACCACGGGAUCGUGUUUGAUGACACGUGGAAGAUUGUGGAUGAUUUGGAGAUUUUGGUGAAGAGGUUGAAGGCGAAGCAGGCGGGGAGUAAUGGCAAGGUGAAGGGUGAGAAUUUGGACUCGUAUUCGGAGGCCGGGUGGUCUAGAGAAUUGGGGCCUUCUUCGGAGAUUUCGGAGAAGAGAGUGUAUUGGGAGGAGUCCGGGCAUGAUUAUGCUCUGUUUGUGAAGGAAUUGGGUGUGAUGAGGAGCCGUGCCGACGGGGCUAGGUCGAGGGAGCAGGCUUUCGAUGGGCAUAUGGCCAUUGGGAGGGUUUUAUAUGAGCAUCAGUUGUUUAAAGAGGCUUUGGUUAGUUUCAAGAGGGCUUGCGAGUUGCAGCCGGUGGAUGUUAGGCCACAUUUCAGAGCCGGAAAUUGUUUGUAUGUUCUUGGCAGGUAUAAGGAGUCGAAAGAGGAGUUUUUGUUGGCGCUGGAAGCAGCGGAGGCCGGUGGGAAUCAGUGGGCGUAUUUGCUUCCGCAGAUUUAUGUGAAUUUGGGGAUUUCUCUUGAAGGUGAAGGUAUGGUUUUAAGUGCUUGUGAGUAUUAUAGAGAGGCUGCUAUACUUUGUCCGACUCAUUUUAGAGCCUUGAAGCUUUUGGGAAGUGCUCUAUUUGGGGUUGGGGAGUAUAGGGCGGCUGUUAAAGCCUUGGAAGAGUCCAUUUUCAUGAAACCGGACUAUGCUGAUGCACAUUGUGAUUUGGCUUCGGCAUUGCAUGCUUUGGGCGAGGAUGAGAGGGCGAUUGAGGUUUUUCAGAAAGCCAUUGAUUUGAAACCUGGCCAUGUUGAUGCCUUGUACAAUCUGGGUGGGCUUUAUAUGGACUUGGGAAGGUUCCAGAGAGCUUCGGAGAUGUAUACUAGGGUUUUAGCUGUGUGGCCCAACCAUUGGCGUGCUCAGCUUAACAGGGCUGUGUCAUUGUUGGGAGCUAAGGAAACUGAGGAUGCUAAGAAAGCUUUGAAGGAAGCAUUGAAAAUGACCAACAGGGUUGAAUUGCAUGAUGCCAUUGCACAUUUGAAGCAGCUGCAGAAGAAGAAGGUGAAGGCAAAUGGGGGUAACAAUGGGGAAACUUCCUUUGUCACUGUGGAAGCUACAAAAUUUAAGGCAGUCGGGGAGAAGACAACAUUGAGGCAAGACUUGGCCAUUGCACUUGAGAUUAGGGCAUUUCAGAGGAUUACCAGGUUGAGUCGUUGUGAUGUGGAUCUCCUUAAAAAGGAGAUGAGUGAUGGUGACGUACCAGUGUCGUAUUCAGGUACUGGUGCUCCGCAGAGGUCCAUACGGAAGCCUAAUCUGGAAGAAAUUCUUCGUAGGUUGCUUACUUUCCUAAAGCCUGAGACGUUUCAAGGAGCUGUGAAAGCCAUAAACGAGAGGAUACUCUCUGUUUUUGAUGAUACAGGUGCAGGUAGGGUGGACUUGGGCAUGUUUUUUGCUGUUCUAGCCCCUAUUUGCAGUGGCUCGCCAGAAAAGCGCAAGCGAGUUGCUUUUGAUGCGCUUUUGUGGCGCCCUGUGAAUGAAGGUGGUGGUGCUCAGAUAAGAAAAUCUGACGCAACUAAAUAUAUUAAACUGUUGAGAGCUAUAUAUGUCCCUUCCCAUGGGGUUAGUGAGAUGCUAGAACUCCAUGGAGAAACAGAUCCUUCAACAAUGUCUUACACAGAGUUUCUAGUCAUGUUCGAUGACCCUGAUUGGGGUUUUGGUAUCAUGUCCACACUGUUGAAGCUUGAAACUGGGGAUAGGAAUCGCCAUGGUAAUCAUGUCUGUUCAGUUUGCCGCUAUCCAAUUAUUGGGUCUCGCUUUAAGGAGAUAAAAUCUCAUUUCAGUUUGUGCAAUCAAUGCUACAGCGAGGGAAAGGUUCCUCCUGCCAAUAAGCAGGAAGAAUACAGAUUCAGAGAGUAUGGAACUGAGAGUGAAGCCAUGAAAGACAAGUGCAAGUGCUUUAAUUUGCAAUCCCAUAAUGACCUGUAGCUAGAAUCAGUUUUCUGUUUCUGUUUAUUCUGUAUAAUCCUUUUUGAUGUUCUAGUUGUUCAGUGUGAAAUAUAUAGCUCAUGUCAUGAAUGUGUUAUAUGGGAAUCAUACCCUUGUUACAUUUGUUUCCAUGGAUUCCGUUUACGCCUCUGAUGUCCUUCUCUGCCGAUAUCAUCUGUACAAUUCAUACUUGUAUGGAGACUUUUUUUGUCUGUUGUAUCACUUCCUUGGAGGUUCUUUCAUUGUUAAUCCAGAUUUUUAUCCAGGGCUGGCAUCUUUGC